GACCGGACAGGGCUUCAGGACAGAACCAGAACCAGAGUCCAGUUUGGAGAUUUAUUGAAACUUUUUUGGAUCUGAGUGUAAAAGUGACUGAUAAACCUCUAGGUGAGUUGGGAUUAUUGUGGAGGAACCUGUGUGCGGUUCGGUGGUUCUGGCCCGCCGGUUCCGUCCAGAGGGACUGUGACCUGAAGCUGAUAAGAUAAUCGAUACCUGGAUCGGAUCCCAGCUGCGCUGCGCGAUGAGCGACAGCAACGAGACCGAUGUGGGGAUCGACUGGAGCCAACUGGAGCCCACUUAUCCCGCCAAGGUCUGCAUGACGCUCCUCUACUCGCUCAUGCUGGUUGCAGGCAUUGUGGGUAAUUCAGUGACCAUCCGGGUGACGCAGGUGCUGAGGCGAAACGGCUACCUGCAGAAGAACGUGACGGACCACAUGGUGAGCCUGGCCAGCUCCGACCUGCUGGUUCUGCUCAUCGGCAUGCCGGUGGAGCUCUACAGCGCCAUCUGGGUUCCCUUCGGAUCCGCGUCCGGAAACGCGUCCUGCAAGAUCUACAACUUCCUGUUUGAGGCGUGCAGCUACGCCACCAUCCUCAACGUGGCCACGCUCAGCUUUGAGCGCUACGUCGCCAUCUGCCACCCGUUCCGCUACAAGGCGCUGAGCGGCAGACGGACCUCGGUUCUGAUCGCCUUCGCCUGGGUCGUGUCCGUCCUCGUUGCCUUGCCGUUGCUGAUCGCCACGGGAACGCAGGGCGAGCAGCUGAGCUUCUGCACCAACCUGAAGGAGCACUGGCUGAUGUACAGGGCCAGCAUCUUCGGGGCGUUUGUCCUCUACAUCAUCGUGCUGGUCUGCGUGGCCUUCAUGUGCCGGGCCAUGAUCCUGGUGCUGAAGAAGCCGCUGGGAUCCACGGACGGCGGAAUCAACGGGACCGAAAGGCCCGGAAAGCACGAGAGCGAAACCACCAAGGCGGCCCGGAAGCAAACCAUCAUUUUUCUGGGUCUGAUCGUCGGCUCCCUGAUGCUCUGCUGGUUUCCCAACCAGCUGCGGCGCCUGAUGACGGCGGCCGUCCCCAAGUCGUCUUGGUCUCUGUCGUACUUCUGGACCUACGCGUGGCUCCACCUGGUGGCCGACGCCUUCUUCUACCUGAGCUCCGUGCUCAACCCGUUCCUCUACAACCUGUCGUCUCGUCACUUCCGCCAGGUGUUCCUGCAGGUUCUGCGCUGCCGCCUGACCAUCCAGCACGCUAACCGCCGCGCCGCGCCGGGCCCCUGCGCCGCGCCGGGACCCCGCGCCGCCUCCGCGCGCUCGCUGCAGCCGCUGCUCCAGAAAUCGCUGCGUUUCGGCCGGAGGAGCGGCGGCCAGCAGAGGGCGCCGCCCACCUUCACCACCUUCCAGAGCGACUCGGCGCCGUCCGGCUGCCGGGUGGCCGUCAGCCUGAGCGAGCAGACCGGACCGGAAACCAGAACCGAGACAGAAAUCUGAAACCAGAAGCUGCUCCGGCGAUCAGAUGGUUCCAUGUUUCAGAGUUUCUGAAAACUGUCAGAGCAAAAGAAAUUAUACUUCACAAAACGUCUGAACGUUUGGACACAUUCAGCAGAAAACCUCCAACACGGUGGAGGAGGGGUGAUGCUGGGGGCGUCCAGCCGGGUCCAAAUCUGCAGCAGAAACAGUGAAGCGUUGAAUUUGUUGAGUUUUUCUAGAAUCUGCAGCUCAAGUUUACAGGAACUUCAGUUUCAUUACAUUAUUUUCUAAUAGUUCAUAUUUAUCUGAAUUGUGGCAGAAAUCAUCUUUAAUAACACAAAUUAUUUUCAUUUGUCUCCUUGACAUUCUGACUUCCUGAGUGGCCUAGUUAAAUCCUCUCCACUGCGGUCUGCAGGGUGCCGUGGCCCCCGGCCGCCUGUCUCUGAGGGCCGGCCCUGAGGGCCCCGCUGCCAGUGUCUGUAUGGCAAGCCGGUUGAACAUAAAAUCAGCUUCGCUCGUUACAUCCCAGAUUUCUGCACGAGUCUGCUUUCCUCCCGUUGCCAUGGUAACCAGGAUUUCAUGAAUGAACUGAAUUUGCUGGAACUGAAAACAGGAAGAAUUUUCAGAUGAGUUGAUAUAAACUGAGAAAAUAUGAAAUAAAAAAACCAAACUGAA